CCAUGGACAAAAGGGCUGAAAGGUUAAGGAGCUCCGGGGGGUAGUUCAGCAGAGAGCUGGGGGCCAGGCGCCUGCCAGAACCAAAGCUAUAAAGGCAAGGAGGGGACAGGGAUCACAGAUGCUGCAGAUCCUGCCUCACCUCCCACAAGCCCUGGGAUAAGAAGAUGCUGGGGCUCCAGUCGUGGCCCUGCUCGCUUUUCCUCCUCUUAGUUCUGCUCUCUGCCAGCGUUCAAGCUAUGUCCUUACCAGGACAGAGGCUACAGAUGCUCCUUUCGCAGCUGCUGCCCCUGGACUCCGAAUCCACGCAGGCUGAAGAAGAGAACACAAAGGAGGAGGGGUCCAGCUCUGGACCUCAGCUGCUCUCCCCCACCCUCCCGUUCCUCCCUUCUGGGGCCCGAGCUGCCCGUGCCCCGCUCUGGCGCAAGACCCUCACCAGUCGCAAGUGGGCACUCUCUGGGGACUGGGCCUGGAAGGCCGUGCCCAGGGGCUGCUUUGGGCUGAAACUGGAUCGGAUCGGGACCUUCAGUGGUUUGGGGUGUUAGGCCUGGAGAGACCCUGGAGGUGAGCGGGCCG